AGCCAUUGCGUCAGAGUUCCGGUUCCGCUUCUGAAUUUGUGUGCACACGUUGUAUUUAAUAAAGCUUUUCAAUAGCACUGUCGGACAUGUAUUAAACCCCAUAAGUUUACACCAGUUCUGUGGUUUUCAAAGCUUGGGAUCAGUGGCCUUUUAUUGGAGAACGUAACAUAUAAACACAUUACGAGCUCAAAACAUCCGUUUAAUCUGUAUAUAUUUUCAAAUUUUGCUAAACAUAAAACAAUGGCUGAAAGCGACUGGGAUACUGUGACUGUCCUAAGAAAGAAGGGACCGAGUGCCGCGCAGGCGAAAUCCAAACAGGCCAUAGUGUCAGCGCAGAGACGUGGAGAAGAGGUCGAAACUUCAAAGAAGUGGGCCGCAGGCCAGAACAAGCAGCACCUGGUGACGAAGAACACUGCAAAGCUGGACCGCGAGACAGAGGAGCUGCAACACCACCGUGUGAGCCUGGAGGUGGGAAAGGUCAUCCAACAGGGUCGCCAGAACAAAGGCCUGACGCAGAAGGACCUGGCAACCAAAAUCAACGAGAAGCCCCAGGUAAUCGCAGACUAUGAAUGUGGGAAAGCCAUUCCCAACAACCAAGUGAUGGGCAAGAUCGAGAGAGCUAUCGGGCUGAAGCUACGAGGGAAGGAUAUUGGUGAACCCCUCGAAGCGGGACCCAAGAAGAAAUGAAAACAAAGCCUCGAAGUCAGCCCAUCCCUCAUCCCCCAUUCCCCAUCCCCCUAAUCCCUAAAAAUCUCUGAUUGAUGCAGACCCCCCACUACCUGGGCUGAUUCACUUGGAUCCCUCUGGGGUCCAGGUGUCCAUCAAAUUUCCAAGUUUAAGAAUGAGGAGCUUUCAAUGCAGAACCAAAUCCCAAAGCUCUGUUAUUGAUUCCUUUUUUUUUUUUUUUGCUUUUUGCAUGACACUAUAUUUCAAUUGCCGAAUAAAGACAAAGUGUCACACAAAAACCCUGCAUUUCCAGAUUUGGGGCUCAAAGUUCAGUCAGGCCCAAGUAUGUAUUCAGGUUUUACCUUUAUUUUCAUCUUAUAAUAAAGUUGAAAAUGCACAUGGGUUACAGAAGGUUUAUUUCCUGUAAGUGGAACAUCAUGUAUAUUUGCUGCAGCAGCUGAAGUCAAUUAAUUUAAUUAAUGACUUUGUUAGAGCAGAAUUGUUUAUGCUGACACAUUUUGGCCAAGGUCAUUGUCAAAGCACAUCAAUGGAUAGGAAUAAAUGCAUGCAGUUCGGGGACACGCGGCACAUUUGUAUAGUCAGAAGUUUGGAAGAUCAUAGGCUCACAUAUUGGGCUCACAGACUCGCCUCACAUCAGUCCGACCAGGUCAACGCUAAUGUGAGAAGUCUGCACAACAUUUGUGUAUUUGCUUUUCUAAUAAACCAAUGGUCAAUUAUUACUUUGACAAAUAUUAAUGUUUUGUAGGAAAGUGUGGGAAGGAAACGCAUUUAAGAUCACCGACCAUCACCACCAAGAUGGAGUAUAUUAUUAACAAAAGAAGUAUAUGUAGAACUAACAACGGCCAGAUCUUGGUCAAAACAGUAAUAAUCUGUAGAGGUUUGGAUUAAAUAUAAAACACAAGCUGUAAAAGUCCAUAUACAAUGAAACCACAGCUUCUGGCAUAUAAACUAGGCCUUUCAUACAAAUGUGUUGUGAAUGAUAAAAUCCAGCAGGAAAUAAAUACAUGUCUUAUGCCAAGAAGGGGAGGAAGACUUAGAUAAGAGAAGGGAAUGCCUAUUUUUUAAUUAAAGGAAGGGGGCUUGGAAAUAAUGGUGUCUGAAAAAUGAGAAACGAUGGUGUAUGGGGAAAAGUCAAGUAAAAUGAUGUAAGCAUGUGGGAAAGGCCAAGCUUGAGCUCCACAACAGGAGGAGCUAACAAGAUAGGAUAAAAGGGAGCGUUCUUCUCCAGGGGAGUUCAGUAUGUCUUGUGUGUCUUGUGUCUUGUCUGUGUGUGUGUGUGUGUCUUGUCUGUGUAUGCGUAUUAUGUGAAGUGUCUUGUGAAAUGCUUUGAGAGUGUAUUGAUAUGCGCAGAUCAGCCCGGGUUCUUGCAUGUUAUCUUUGAAUACCUGCAAUAAAUCCAGUUGCAUCAGA